AUGAUUGAUUUGCAUUUUAUGAUCCCAUUCUAUAUAGAGCACAUCAAGGAGGGAAAAUGUACAAGCUAUAGAUAAACCAAGAUGACCUAUUAUACAGCUAAUAAUUCCUUUGUUUUCUUUAAUAUAACUAAAAGUCUUGGCUAUUUGGAAGAAAGUUGUUGUAAAGAGUAUAGACAUCUACCAGCUCAUCAGGAAGGAAAGAAUGGAGAAAUGAAAAAUCAUGUAGCUAACUUGAAUGAAAGUAAUUUUCUUUUAGCCAAGGGUUUUCUCAAGAAAGAGUCUCCAAAACCAUUCUUCCAUAAUUGGGUUAACAAAGGCGAGAAAUAUGCAGAAGAGAAAGAGAUAGAAUGCAUUAUAUUUAAUUGGAAUAUCCAAAUGCUAAAGCAUAUUAUGCUUAAACUCAUACAAAAAAAAGUAAUAAGCUACCAUCAGGGAGAAAGUUACCAUAGAGAAAGUUAUUCCGUACUUAAUUUAUUAAAGUCUAUUCUAAAACUCGCUUAUAAAAUAAAUGCUGAUUUCUUUUUCCUUACUAAUUUUUUUAAUGUAAAUAUAUGGUAAUCCAAAAUAGCAAACUAUUUAAAGCACUAUCAUUGUUACCAAGGCAUCUUUUAGUAGUAAAAGGGUCAUCGGAGUCAGCAAAAUUGGUGCUAAAACUAUUCCGUAAAUGCAAAAUUUUUAUUUGGUUGUUAAGCCAUAAACUCCCUCGUCCAUUUAUAAUUAAUUUGCUAAUGA